CAGAGAGACACUCACUGCAAAUAGUAGCUCUCUGUGGGGACAAGGAGAGGGUGCUUUGCACCCUUGCUCCCAACAGCUGCCCCUAUCAUGAAGGGCAGACAUUUGGAAUCGUGGAUUUUCUCCUUGUUCUUAGCUGGCUUUGUUCAGCCAAAUCUGGGACAGGCAGAGCCACAGAAGGUCAGCUGCCAUGACUCAGUAGAUGGAACAGUCUAUAACUAUGGGGCCCUUACCAUAGAUGGUGAUGAGUACAUCCCCUUCCGGCGGUAUGCUGGGAAGUUGAUCCUCUUUGUCAAUGUGGCCUCCUACUGAGGACUCACAAUGCAGUACCUUGAACUGAAUGCACUACAAACUUCACUGGGGCCUUACGGCCUAGUCAUCCUGGGCUUUCCAUCCAAUCAUUUUGGAAAACAAGAACCUGGCGAGAACAAUGAAAUCCUUAACUCGUUGAAAUAUGUAAGACCCGGGGGAGGCUUUGUCCCAAAUUUCCAGCUCUUUCAAAAAGCAGAUGUGAAUGGGGAGAAAGAACAAAAGAUCUAUACCUUUCUAAAGAACGCCUGUCCACCUGUUACAGAUAGCUUUGGUGAUGUUCCUGGGAGACUUUUCUGGCAUCCUCUGAAGAUCCAUGAUAUCAAGUGGAAUUUUGAGAAGUUUCUGGUCAGUACAGAAGGGAAGCCUGUGCUGAGAUGGUAUCACAAGACUAACGUUGCCACGGUGAAGAAUGACAUCAUACAAUAUAUGAAGGAGCAGGGGAUGCUGUAUGGCUAGAGCCCCUACAGACUCGGAGAAGUGAGCUGCGGGCGGGGAGGGGAGAAUGCUGCUUUAUCCAGAACCAAACCAUAAAUCUAAGAUUAGAUCUUCAUACCUUAUGAAUGUGAAUAAUCCUUAAAAGACAGAACGCUCUUUAAGAGCAGUUGUCAGUCUGCCCAUUUGCUCGUGCUGUGUAGUAUAGAGCGUAGCGCCUUUCCUUAAUGUACAGACUUCCCAAUACAUAUGGGGCAACGUGACUUUGACUUACUCCAGCCCAUGCCCCCAUCUCCCACUUCAGUUUUCACACUGGCAAACAGGAUCCAUCCCUGAACUAGUUAACUAGAGACACUCCUUAACCAGUCCCACUGUACUGUGUCAGAAUCCGACAGUGCCAUCCUAGGCAAUACACUUCUAAGGCCCCUAUUGCAGGCCGUUACAAUCUUUAACAUCUAACUGAUUAUGAGCAGAAACAUCGUGGAACAUCUGGGCAGUGGAAAUUUAGCAACAGAAAAAACACACACAUGGAGAUUGCUUGUCCCUCCCCUUGUUAACUUAUUUAUGAAAAAGGAGAAAGUAUGCCACACUGAGUCACCCCCAUGCCUUCUGUCCAUUGCUGACCUUGCUUUGCAGUGAUGUGCUAACAACUGGAGGAUUCCACUCCUGUUGUGAACCAACAAAGCCUCAGUGAUAAGACAGCAUUUCUGUCACCUCUGGAUAAAGUAUGUUCUCCCUCUCUCUCUCUCUCUCCCUCCCUCCCUCCCUCCCUCAUGCUGAUCAGACCCAACCAAAUAGAGUGUUUAUGGACUGAAAAUUCUCAAAAGU